AUUACUGCAUCAAGAUCACACAGCAUUCGAAGACUGGUACAAGGGAAAGAACGAAAGUCCUUUGAGGCCCGCAAAAGAAAGAACCGAAGGCUGAAGCAGGCCAAAGCAGCAGCUCAGGCUGAAAUGGAACAGUACCGCCUGCAGAGGGAGAAAGAGUUCAAGGCCAAGGAAGCUGCAGCCCUGGGAUCCCAUGGCAGGUGCAGCACCAAAGUGGAGAAGGAGACCCAGGAGAAGAUGACCAUUCUCCAGACCUACUUUGGGCAGAACAGGGUUGAAGUCUUGGAUAACCUCUUGGCUUUUGUCUGUGACAUUCGGCCAGAAAUCCAUGAAAACUACCACAUAAAUUGUUAA